CUCGAGGGCAGUGUAGGGGGGAAGUGUACAUUUGUGUAUGGUUGCUGAGUAUUGAUUCAUAUGGUUGAUACAUCAAACUUUCAAAACUUCAACCUUCAACACAAUAUCCUCAAUUUAGGAUUUUGGUUAUUUUAACCAUUUAGAUCAAUGUAAAUGUAUGAUGAUUUAGGCGAGAAUGGGCCAGUCUUCGACGUAGCUAAUUACUAUCACCACUAGAUGGCAGUAGCUGAAUGUAUAACACAUUGUCCCUCCGUAGACCCAAGAAAGAGAAGAAGACUGGGGGGUGGAAGUUGAUCAUUUUACAGGUAACGUUAGCGUUUAUUUCACGAAAUAUGACUUCAAAAUCAGUUACUUUUUCAAAACACAUAUGCGGUCCGUUUAAAAGUACCUGUUUAUGGAUUGUCAUAAGUGGAUUAGUUCAGUGAAGCUAAUUUUUGACAGAGAUACCCAGUCUAUCUAGCUAAUGUUAGCCAGAGACGUUGUUGUUAGCUCACAAGAUAUGGUCAUGGUCGUCAGCAUUCCAACUAAACAAGCUUGCUAUAUAUGUAACAUUAGCUACCUGACGCAAUACCAUCGAGGUGGUAUAUUUGCCCUUAACAUUACUGCUUUAUUGCUGGUCCGAACCCCCCCUCUACAAUUGAAAACGAAUCGGUCGUUGUUCCACAUCGUCUUUAAGUCGCUAAGAAGAGGAUCCGCUGUCAACAUGGGUGAAAGGAAAGGAGUAAACAAGUACUAUCCCCCGGAUUUUGAUCCGGCUAAGCAUGGCUCCCUUAAUGGAUACAAUAACAGCCAUCCCCUCCGAGAGCGGGCGAGAAAACUGUCUCAGGGCAUCCUCAUCAUCAGAUUUGAGAUGCCCUACAACAUUUGGUGUGAUGGUUGUAAGAACCACAUUGGCAUGGGUGUUCGAUAUAAUGCAGAAAAGAAGAAAGUGGGGAACUACUACACCACACCGAUAUACAGAUUCAGGAUGAAGUGCCACUUGUGCGUGAACUACAUCGAGAUGCAGACGGACCCGGCCAACUGUGACUAUGUGAUCGUGAGCGGGGCCCAGCGCAAGGAGGAGCGCUGGGACAUGGCUGAGAACGAGCAGAUCCUCACCACAGAGCACAGUGAGAAGCAGAAGCUGGAGACCGACCCCAUGUAUAAGCUGGACCACGGUGGGAAGGACAAGGAGAAGCUCCGAGCCGCUCUGCCCAGCCUCACCGAGAUCCAGACCCACCAGUCAGCCUGGAGGGAUGACUUCAAUCUCAACAGCAGCCUGCGCCGGAAGUUUAGGGAUGAGAAGAAAGUAAUAGCGGAGCAGGAGGAGAAGGACAACGCAGUGAAGAUGAGGGCAGGUCUGUCCAUCACUCUGGUCCCCGAGAAGGAGGAGGACAAGAGGCUAGCAGCACUACUCACCUUCCAGAGCUCUGACUCCUAUGACGACCGCCAGCAGAGCAAGCGCAAGGAGAUCGCCUCGCGCUCGUGGUUCAACUCCCCCAUCUCAACACCAGGGAGCGCUGCGGGCAGCCUUCUGCACAAGCUGGGCCUGCAGGGCAAAGAGGCAGCAGCCACCAAAGCCCUGAGCUCCCCAGCCACCAGCGCCCUCAGCCUGGUGCGCAGAAGGAGCGGGGACCCCAGACCCGAGUCGUCGUCGUCGUCGUCGUCGUCGUCGUCGUCGUCGUCGUCGUCGUCGCUCGCCUCGGCUCCAUCCGCUCCCCAGCGCCGAGACUCGGACCCUGAGAGGGGUGCCACAGCAACCGAUUUGCACGAGACGGGGGAAUCCACUGGGACCGAUUUGAAUGUGACACAGAUGACACAGAAAGGAAAGGACACAUUUGGGGUUGAGACAUUUGGGUAUUCCAAUGCCAGUCGGGACACGUCCACAAGCAACAUGACCGGUGGAUCAUCAGAAGGAGGGGAUUGUGGGCCGAAGGAGGAUCAUGCAAGCAGCUCUUCUGUCGUCAGAUCUCUAGUGGCAGACUACAGUGACUCUGAUCCAGACACUGACAAUAGUGAACCGUAGCCAUCAAAGGACAUCACCAUAUUAGGUCUUGUGUGCUCUUGUGUACUGUGGUCAGUGGCACCGCACAUUCAAUCUGAAUAUCAGAAUAUCAUUGGGGGGUGGAGG